AACAAAGAAGCCAAAUACAUGAUAGUAAACCAACGGAGUUAACUAAAGACCGAGCCGAAUCGAUUGAAUUGCAUAUUCCGGUUUACGAGGAAUGCACACUAGCAUCUUGUCCCAGCCUCUGUAAUUGCUUCCGGUCGAAAACCUCACGAAACCCCCUAAUUUACAUCGCCUGUUAGUUUCAGAUUGUCACGAGACACAGAAGAAGAUGGGAAACUAGAAAUCUGACGAAGAGUAAUCUCCACGAAGCUACUACCAGUGAGAUACCAAAUAGAAAGAAGGUUGAAUUUAACAAGAAGUCUAAGAAAUCAAAGAAGAAGAUGAAGCUGGCCUCCACAAAAGAGAAUAUAAGUUGUUUAGUAAAGAUGAACAAGGUUGAAGAAGAGGAAGAUGUUUAUGAAAUAUCUUCAGGUGAUGAGGAUUGCUCCAGAGGAAUGAAAAAGUUGGUUACUAAUUACUGUGAGAGUAGACCAGGCUUAGACGAGCUGCAAAAGAGAAUCGAUGACUUCAUGACUGCGCAUGAAGAACGCCUUGAGCAGGGGAAACAAGAAAUAGAAGCUAAAGCUUCAGAAGGUGGCUGGACUGUGGUGGUGCAUCACAAAGGAAGGAAAAAGACAACAGACGCCGAAUCUGGAACAGCAGUUGGAUCUGUUUCUCGGGCUGCUUUGGAAGAUAAGUUAGCUAAGAAGAAACAGACUGAGAUUGUCGGUCAUCGUUUCUACCGUUUCCAAAGGCGAGAUGCACAACGCAGUGAACUCUUGGCGCUUCAAAGUAAGUUCGAGGAAGACAAGAAGAGGAUACAACAACUUGGAGCUGCUCGAAAGUUUAAGCCUUACUAAGAAACAAACAGAUCCCACAUGAAACACCAUGGGAUUUUAUGAAUAUCACUAAUGUGUUUUAUGAUCAGUUUUGUGUAAUUGACUAUUUCAGGAGCUUUGGUAGAUCAUUCUCUGGCCGAUAAAACAAAAGAAAGUAUUUUUGCCAUUGACUUUAACCUGGAGAGCUCUCUUGUGUAACCUGAUAUCAGCACUGCAUAAAGCGAACUUGUAUGAUCUAUGUUAGAUUUCUCGA